AGCCGCCUCGACACUUCCGUAUUCGAAUUUGGCAGUUGUGCUGCGUUGCCAUGGCAACCAGUAUGCGCGCAUUUCCAUCGAUUUUCCCCGCCAGAUAAAACGGGCGAUUUCAAUUGAAUGGCGUCCUGCUGUGGAUAAAUUUUCCCGUGGAAAAUGUGAUAAUAUCGCAGCGAUGAUUUAACGUCAAUCUCGGUGCAAUCGGGGUGUCUUUACUUUGCCGCGGAAAUGUCAAAAUACACGGAGAUUUACAGUAUUUUGAGGAGCAGAUUUUUGGGACACGAAGACGGUGCGGCGUCGUCAGCGCCAGAUGGCACUGAAGACACCGGCGUUCUCGGCGAGCAACGCGUGAUAUUCAUCAACAGGGCUCAACCCCCUGUCACCAAGUUCGUCAACAACAGAAUAUCUACCGCUAAGUAUAGUGUUAUAAGGUUCAUCCCGUUAUUUUUAUUCGAACAAUUCCGAAGAUGGGCGAACGUAUUUUUCCUGAUGAUCGCCUUGCUGCAGCAAAUACCCGACGUGUCGCCUACGGGUCGUUACACAACGUUGGUACCCCUGAUUUUCAUCCUAUCGGUAUCGGCGAUCAAAGAAAUAAUAGAAGACAUAAAAAGGCACCGGGCAGAUGACGAAACCAACCACAGGUUGGUAGAAGUGCUUAGGGGGAAUGCCUGGAUCGACGUCAAAUGGAAAGACGUCAUAGUCGGGGAUAUUGUCAAAGUUGUCAACAACAAGUUUUUUCCCGCAGAUUUGGUGCUACUGUCCUCAAGUGAACCGCAGGGCAUGUGCUUCAUAGAAACGGCGAAUCUGGACGGCGAAACUAACCUAAAAAUUCGGCAAGCACUUCCGACUACGGCGGCCUCUACGAAAACGGAGCACCUGAAGGAAAUGACCGGUACCAUAGAGUGCGAACCGCCCAACAGACACCUGUACGAGUUCAACGGCGUGUUGAAACUCACAGACAAAACUACCGAACCCUUAGGCCCAGACCAGUUGUUAUUGAGAGGGGCUAUGCUAAGAAACACGUCGUGGGUGUUUGGUUUCGUGAUUUACACCGGUCACGAGACAAAGUUGAUGAGGAAUUCCACGAAAGCCCCCCUCAAAAGGUCCAGCGUCGAUAAAUUGGCGAAUAUUCAAAUUAUUUUGCUUUUCGGAGUUCUCCUUGUAAUGUGCUUCAUUAGCGCCAUUUUUAACACUCUAUGGAUGAGCGAACGGGCAAAAAAAGAUUGGUACAUUGGAUUUCAAGGUUCAGGCACAGAACACUUUAUGUACACCCUGUUAACAUUCUUGAUUCUCUACAACAACCUCAUACCUAUAUCCUUGCAAGUUACGCUGGAAGUGGUGAGAUUUAUCCAAGCGAUUUUCAUCAACACGGAUAUUGAAAUGUACCACGCAGAAACGGAUACGCCGGCCUGCGCGAGAACCUCGAAUUUGAACGAGGAAUUGGGGCAGGUUAAAUAUAUUUUUUCCGAUAAAACCGGGACGCUGACCAGGAAUGUCAUGGAAUUUAAGAGGUGCGCCAUAGGGAAUGAGAUCUAUCCCAUCACGGAGAAUGUCGAGGAUUCCUUAAUGGUUCAGCAUUUGAGAGAGGGUCACGUGAACUCGAGCAGCAUCAGAGACCUGCUGGUGCUCCUGUCGGUUUGCCACACCGUAAUCCCGGAAAAAUCCCCGGACGGCGAGGUGAUCUACCACGCGGCCUCGCCCGACGAGAGGGCGCUAGUGUACGGCGCCUCCAAGUACGGCUACGUCUUCGAAAGUCGCACGCCCGACUACGUCGAAAUAGACGCGCUCGGCGUGAAGGAAAAAUACAAAAUACUGAGCGUGCUGGAGUUCACGUCGGCACGCAAAAGAAUGUCGGUCAUCGUGAGAGAUCCGCAGGGAAAGAUUCGGUUGUUUUGCAAAGGCGCCGACUCCAUUAUCUACGAGAGGCUAGAGAGCGCUUCCAGGGCCGAGAACGGGGAUAUUUUGCUGCAGCAUUUGGAGGGUUUCGCCACCGAAGGACUUAGAACGCUAUGCUGCGCAGUAGCUGACUUAAAAGAAGACAGGUACAAUGAAUGGAAAGCUUUAUACCACAAAGCUAGCAUAUCCCUACAACAUAGAGAAGAAAAAAUUGAGGAAGCCGCCAGUCAGAUAGAGCAAAAUUUGAAGCUGAUUGGGGCGACAGCUAUCGAGGAUAAGCUUCAAGAGGGCGUGCCCGAAACCAUAGCGGCCCUUCUGAAGGCCGACAUCAAUAUUUGGGUCCUGACCGGAGACAAGCAGGAAACUGCCAUCAAUAUAGGCUAUUCCUGCAGACUGAUCUCGCACGGAAUGCAGCUGUUGAUUUUGAAUGAAGACGGGUUAGAUAAAACUAGGGAAGCCAUAUCACGGCACUGCAUCGAUCUGGGGGAAAACCUGGAAAAACCCAACGACCUAGGCCUAGUUAUAGACGGGAAAACACUAACGUACGCGCUCAGCUGCGAGCUGCGCAAAGACUUUUUGCGACUGUGCAUUUCCUGCAAAGUAGUCAUCUGCUGCCGGGUAUCUCCGAUACAAAAAGCCGAAGUGGUAGAAUACGUCACGAAGUACACGAAAACCGUGACCCUGGCGAUCGGCGACGGCGCCAACGACGUGGCCAUGAUACAAAAGGCGCACGUGGGGGUGGGAAUUUCGGGGGCGGAGGGCCUACAGGCCGCCUGCGCUUCCGAUUACAGCAUCGCGCAGUUCAGGUUCCUGCUUAAGCUGCUGCUGGUGCACGGAGCGUGGAACUACAGCAGGAUGUGCAAGCUGAUUUUGUACAGCUUCUACAAGAACAUCUGUCUCUACGUUAUCGAGCUGUGGUUCGCCAUUUAUUCCGGCUGGAGCGGGCAGGUGCUGUUUGAAAGGUGGUCCAUAGGGCUGUACAACGUCCUGUUCACGGCCCUGCCGCCGUUCGCGAUGGGGCUGUUCGAUCGCGACUGCAACGCGCAGCAAAUGCUCGACAACCCGCACCUCUACAAGCCCUCGCAGAGCGGCCAGAUGUUCAACAUCAAGGUGUUCUGGCUGUGGGUCAUCAACGGCAUGGUGCACGCUGCGGUUCUUUUCUGGCUCACCCUGUACAUGGCCGACCACGACAUCAUGUGGAUGAGCGGCUUCGAAGGGGGCUAUUUGGUGUUCGGAAACUGCGUUUACACGUAUGUUGUCGUCACUGUGUGCCUAAAAGCAGCCCUAGUGAUGAAUACAUGGACCUGGUUAACGCAUUGCGCUAUUUGGGGAUCAAUAGUUAUGUGGUUUAUAUUUAUUAUUAUAUACAGCUUUUUCUGGCCUUUGUUGCCAGUUGGUGCAAUUAUGUGUGGCAUGAUUUUCAUGCUCUUCACAACUGCUGUGUUUUGGUUUGGGUUGUUCCUGAUACCCAUUAUAACGCUUAUACCCGAUAUAAUAUUUAGAGUGAUAAAAACUACAAUUUUUAAAACGCCAACAGACUAUGUAAGGGAACAUGAAAGGAAUGAGCAGGGAGAAGCCAAAAAUUCAUCGAUGCAUGCGUUGGAACAGUUCGCAAUAUGUAAGUAUCUUAUAUCGCAUGCGUUCAAAAAUUUAUUGUAUCUACAUUGUCCAACUUUUAUGCAGGGUGUACCGCAGGGCACUCUUCUAUGUGCACUUAUUAAUGCUUUCAAUCACCCCUCUUUGCAUUUAGUUGAAUGACUAACGGCAUGUAAUAGGUUUAAGGAUUCGAAAUUCAAGUGUUUAUGGAAGACGUCGUAUUAUUAUUAUUCGUUAUUUAAAAAGUUGAUUGUUUUAGAUUUGAAAAGUUACUGAAUAAAUGCGUUAAAAAGUGCCGAAAAAAAUCCAGACAGUUGUAAUUUAAUAUGUAAUUAAGCAAAAACAAUAAAUUUUUUACAAGCAAACUUUUUCUCUUCCAUAAACAAGUCACUAUUAUUGGUGGACAGGCAUUAGCUAUUACAUGCAAUUUUAGACUAUCAGAGACUGCCAGGCUCUUGAAGAACGUUUUUUCAAGAAGAUCGCCGAGGAUCGACUUAGAUGUAGAGCUAUCCCAUGGGUUUGCGUUUUCUCAAGAGGAGGGUGGCAACAUCUCACAAACAGCAGUUAUCAGAGCUUAUGACACCAAUAUACCCAAACCAGAUGGAAAUUAAAGAAAUAUAUAUAUUUUUUGUAUAAAUACUUACCUAGUGAUUUUGAAUAUCUGGAUGUAAACAAACUUGCCAUGUUAAAUUUUAACAUAGAAAAAUAUUAGCGAAUUUUAAGAAAUAGCAAAGAAAUGAUUUUUUUUAUUAUAACUCUCUUAAAAGUUUAAAAGAAAAUUGCAUUUUAUUGUAUGUAUUUAAACAGCAAUUUAAAUAUAAAAAGUAUUUCAAACUGGGUGCCAAUCUUAUGUAGGCAACUAACAUAACAUAACUUUAAGAGAGAUAUAAUAUAGAAAAUAUCGUUAAUUACACACCCAUAAAGACUUAUCAAUGAAAUAUAUUAUAUUUAUUUAAUCGUGUGUUGGAUAAAAGUGUAUAUUUAAAGUAUGCCAAAAAAGUGCUUUUCUUAUUUAAAUAAGUAAGUGUUUAUACUUAAUUUUUAAACUAUGUACAAAACGAUUUUGUUUUCUUGAGAUUACGCUGUUAAAAAAAUACUCUUGUGUCAAAAAAUAUAACAAUCACAGAAUAGUUGAAAUCACUUAAAAAAGUGCCUUUCGGUAUUUUUUCAUAAUUAUUUUUACAGUAACCUAGUUCAUAUUAAAAUAAAAAUAUUCAAUAGUGAUUAUUAUACAGAAUGAUUGCCAAAUACUUGACCUAAUCGUAUUUUAUUUUUUGAUGAUUCUGUAUAUUUAAUUUUUUAACUAGCUAACUUACUUAACCUUAUAUACCUCACAAAUUAGUUUUCUUAAAAAAAAUGCUUUUUAAAUCACAGUUUUGGAUUAAUUAAGUUUGAUUAAUGAUUUAGUAUACAAGGUGUUUAAAAAUAUUCACUUAUUUCAUGUACACA